AGUGUAUCUUGCAAUAAAUUCAUAUAUUCCUAGCACACAUACACAAACCAUGGCUCAAGCCGGAUCUCUCUCGGCCGAAACCGAGACUCUGAGCCACAUCUUCAAUCUGAUAGAAGCAUUUCGAGCAUUCGAUGCAGACAACGACGGGUUGAUAUCGUCAGCAGAGGUUGGGGGAAUCAUGGGCUCACUCGGGUACGACAUGAACGAGCAAGACGUGAACAUGAUGAUGGAGGAAGGCGACGUGGACAGAGACGGGUUGCUAAGCAUCGGAGAGUUUUUGGAGAUGAAUGCAAAGAACAUGGAGGUUGGGGAGUUGGGGAGCUACUUGAAGAUUGCUUUUGAGGCUCUAAAGGCAGAUGGGGAUGAUCUUGUAAGUGGGGAGGAGCUUUAUGAUGUGUUUGUGAAUUUAGGGUUGGAGGUUUCACUUGAGGAUUGCAUGGCUAUUGUGGCUUCUAUGGAUGGGGAUGGGGAUGGAGCUGUGUUUCUUCAUGAUUUCAAACUUAUUGUUAAUUCCCUUCACUAAAUACUCUACUUUAAAUUUACCCUUUUAUUUUACCUUGUCUUUCUUUAAUUAUGUAUUUGAUUUUCAGUGCUUUCCUUCUUUUAUGUUUUACUUUUAUAUGUACCAAUAAAUUUCUGUCGAUUCUACUUUUUUCUAACACAUACCUAUCCCAUGUAUUUUAUUGAGUCUUAUUUGAAGGCUUUACUAAUUUCAAUUCUAUUAUUUCCUUU